AUGCUAUCUUCCUCCUCAUUCCCUCUGUUCGCUCUUUCACAUCUCAUGCAAGGAUUAUGCUACAAGCAAAUGGAGGUGUUUGAUCUUAUCUCCUGGACUCUCGGAAACAAGAUUGCCGCUGAAACUGUCUGUCUCCACAAGUAUUCUACACCUGAUCUCCAUGUCACAAUCUCCUGGGAAAGUGGCCGAUUCAAUUCUCAAGUCUACGAUGUCAAUGAGAAUGAAAAAGUUGCUGGAAAAUGGAAUAUUUAA